AUGCCCCGACGAUGGUGUUCUGCAUCGCAGGCGCCCGGCGCAUUUCACCGCCGCCUGCCCAGCCUGCAAACAGACCUCUAUCCCCCGUUUCAGCAGCUGCAUCUGAGAAGUAGUUCUGACGUGGGCUACCUGGCCCAGGGCACGUCUGCCGCGAAUUUCGCCGUGCCUCUGCCGGCCAGCACGACGAGCUCUCUCGAGCCGAGUCCGCUAGGCCCGCCGGGCCCGCCGUCGGUAGUGAGUUUCCCCAACCCGCCAUCAGCUGAAUACACUGUUCCCGAGCAAUUUCGGUUCCCGGCGGUGGACCCUAACCAGGAUUUCGCCGACAGGCUCCGCGGCGCGCAGCAGAACAUGAACGAGCUCGGCCAGUUUCUGCGUCCACUCACACAGGUCACGACGCUGAGCCAGCUGCCGCCCCUGUCCGAGCCGGAAAUCGACCGGGCCAUCAGAAAUACCGACCAAAUGCGCAUUUUUCUCCAGUACAUACGCGACCGCCGCUCGCCAAAAUUCGCCGUGCGCAGCGAGCCCGGACAAACUCAGCGCACAGCUGCCUAUCAAGACACAACCAAGACCAAAGUGCAAGCGCACCGCCCCACCAAGUCGGAGCCGUCCAUCAUGGGCGAGUCGGCGCUGCUAAGAGUGCACCCUCCCAAGCCGCUCAUUAUGAGUGAAACCGACACAGACCAGAUGCCCAAGUUUGUUCCGCAGGGCACGUUGCAGCAGGAUCUGAGCGUGAAGCCGCGCACGAGGUGUCUUCACUGUGGAUCGAUCAAUACGCCGGAGUGGCGCAAGGGUCCCAACGGGACACGGACGCUGUGCAACGCGUGCGGGCUGUUCCACUCGAAAUUGGUGAAGAAGCGGGGGCUCCAGGAGGCAGAAAUCAUCAUGAAGCGGCGCCGCGAGACAGGCAAGUCUACAGACCGCAGAAUCAACGAAUAA